UAGCGGUCUUUAGGGUUUAUCUUCCCUCCAAAGCCCUAGGAAAAUGGGGAGGGCAUUUUGUGUCCUGAGCGAGUUUGAGCCCUUUGGCCGGCGAGCGGAGGCGGCAGUCGGCGCAGCAGCUGGAUCGAAUGACAGCUACUUCUUGUUCGAUCCUGGCGUCGCCAGAGCGCACGGGGAUGGGGUGGAACAGGCGGUCGUCUCUGGCUGCGGCAAUCAUUACGAGGAGGAAAUCUUCAUCCGCGACAAUGUUGUUGUAUGGAGUGCUGGGCAUCAUGUUCGAAAACGUUUUUCUGCAUCUUCGACCGUCUUAAAGGCAUGCUGGUGUAGCAUGGAGUCCACACCGGAACCCCUUCUUUGCAUCUUGCACUCGAACUCACUGUCGACAUACACCCCUUCCGGUGAAUUCAACUCGGUCCCGUUUUCCUCUGCAAUGUCUUCUAUGUGGCCAAUGCCUUCCGGUCUACUUUUGCAGCGUGCGGCUGAAGCUGUGCCAUACUCUGUUUCCCCGGCUGCCGAAACCAGUGGUUCUGUCUACUUCACCUUGCAACACAACUUGGAAGAGCCUGAGGCAUUAUGUGUUGAAGUUUCGGGGAGAAUUCAGUCGCUGGUGGACUCAGAUGAGCAAAUAAUCUGGACUAGUGGACGUUUACCAUAUGCUGUGUCGUAUCACUCAGGUCGCAAACAGCACACUGUGUGGGAAGUCAAAUCCACCAAUUCUCGUCUUGAACAAGGUCGGACACUAGAGCGAUCCAACUCUAUGUACCUGCUGCAAUGUUGGCGGGAGCAAGGCAGCAACCCUCAAGCAGCGCAGGUGUUCAUCGCCACAGAUGAUGAUAGGGAGCCUUUGGUUUGCUUUGUUAUCAAGGAUGCCAAAAGACUCUUUGCAAUAAAACUUUCUCGGGCACCAGAACCCGCAGCGGAUGUCGCAUGGAGUAUUUCGGCAGUCUCUGCCGUUCCAAUCGUUGCCAGUCAACCAACAUUGAGAAGGGGUCUGCCGCGUUUAGAUAUGCUGGUUCUGGCACCAGACGGGAACGUCUUUCUGUAUACCGGGCGGUAUCCAUUGUGUACAUACGUCCUACCCGCCUCAGUCCUCCAGCAAACAGGACAACAUCGCGUCGAGAAGCUUCUUGAUUCUGUCAACACCCGUGCCAACGUUCUGACUUCUUCUGGCAAGAUUUAUCGAUGCAUUGUGGAGUUAAUCCCAUCAUCAGGAAUCACGAGGUCUUGUUUGCUUGCGCUUUCAGAAGGAUUAAGGCCUUCGUUUUACCGGUUCGUUUUGGGAUCCUUGAUGGAAUUCAAGCCCGGCCAACUAAACAAAACGGAUAGCUCUUUUGACAAAGACUGGUCUGCCUUUUCCGGGAUCAUGAUGCAGUGGACGGGUGAGAGGAGAUCGGAUUCGUAUAAGCAUCGCUCUCUUUCCAGUUGGGAGUUUUUAUUGCAAAGCAACAGGCACAGAAAUGGAUCACAUCCAUAUCCAAGUCGAAGGUACGAGCUAUGUCCAACUCACAACAGCAAGAAUGAACGAUCAGGCUACUCCUCGAUGCUGCUAGAGGUUUUAGAGACGCUUCACUUGGUUUAUGAAGAUUUUAAGCUGGAUGUCUUGCGAUGGGGGGAAAUGUGGAAACUGGGAGUUCUUCUCAACAGUAUCGCGGUGGCAGUUGAAGAGUACGACUAUGCUGAUCAUUAUGUUCGAGACUUUCCAACGGUAGUAACAUCACGGGUGAUGUCAAACGUAUCUUCCAGAUCAAGCGGUCUCAUCAUUAAUCAUUUUACCUGGAUUGAGAACCUUCUGCGAAAGAAACAUGCUACCAGUCGCUUGCCGGCACUCCUUACUAAAGAAGACGGUUCUCUUGACUGGUCACGGAAAGUAUUGGGAUUCUUCGAAGUUCUUUUAGGAUCUGGGAACCGUGACAAGCUUUUAUCUGGCAUCUGCAUAAAGUUUGCACCAGGAACUGCAACAAAUGCAGAGCAGAUGACGGUGUUGGCCAUGGUUGGAGAACGCUUUGGAUUAUCUCAUCUGGAUCGGCUGCCUUGUGGUCUUUCGCUCCCACUACGCCAUGCUCUUAACAGUUGUCGGGAAUCUCCACCAGCAGAUUGGCCGCCUGAUGCCUAUAUACUUCUGGGCCGUGAGGAUUUAGCCUACAUGUCUGCAAGUCGUAAGUCGGGUGCGAAAGACGUGACUAUGGCAGCACAAUACAUGUUGCAUCUUCGUCCAACUCUUCCCUUUACUGAACGCGAGCCAAUUCCAUCAGAGACACCUCCAAUGGAGGGACAAGCUAGCGACGGGAUGGAACAUAUUUUCACCCCAUCGGCUACAUUGAGAUUUGGUUCUGACUUACGAUUGAAUGAGGUUCGACGGGUUCUUUGUUCAUCAAAGCCUGUUGCUGUGAGGACCGCCAAUGCACCUGACGUGAGUGAUCCGGAUCUUGUUGCUCAACAGCAGGCACAGCUGUGGCAGCUGGCUCAACGUACAACUGCCCUUCCAUUCGGACGUGGUGCUUUUACACUCUCCACCUUGCGUCCUUUGCUGACCGAGGCCCUUCCAAUUCCUAAACUGGUUUUAGCUGGACGUCUUCCUUCACAGCACGACGCAACUGUCAAUCUGGACGUAAAUGCGGGGAACGUCUCCGAGUUCACUUCGUGGCCAGAGUUUCAUAAUGGUGUUGCUGCUGGGCUACGGCUGGCACCCGGUCAGGCUAAAAUUACUCGUACAUGGAUCGUAUACAACAAACCGGAUGAGCCUAGCUACGAGCAUGCUGGAUUUCUCAUGUCCCUGGGGCUUCAUAAGCACUUGGCAGUCUUAGCUGCUACUGAUGUGUUCAGAUAUUUGGCCCAGGAGCAUGACCCCACAACUGUUGGUAUUCUUCUUGGAAUGGCAGCUGCACAUAGAGGGACCAUGGAUCCAGCCAUGUCAAAGAUGCUUUAUCUUCACAUUCCUGCGCGCCACCCACCAUCGUUUCCGGAGCUGGAGUUAUCUUCUUUGCUACAGUCGGCGGCACUUAUGGCAGUAGGCCUGCUUUAUCAAGGAUCAGCCCAUCGCCUCACGACAGAAAUUUUACUGGCGGAGAUUGGCCGUAAACCUGGUAGUGACAGUUCUUUAGACCGUGAGGGCUAUGCACUUGCUGCUGGUGUGGCCCUUGGUCUAGUUACUUUAGGCAGAGGAAAGGAUGCUUGGGGUCUUGCCGACUUGCAAAUUGAAGAUCGAUUGCGCCAUUAUAUGUGUGGUGGUAGUGAAACGUCCGAUGAAUACCGUCGAAGGUUUGAUGGGGCUAGCGGCUUCUCAUCCGUUUCCAAGAGCUUUGAUGACCAGAAUCAGACUGGUGGCCAGGUCAUGGAAGGGUCCAUUGUAAAUUUGGACGUGACUGCACCCGGGGCAACGCUUGCUCUUGCUCUCAUGUUCAUGAAGACAAACGAUCACGUUGUAGCUGCAAGACUUGCCAUACCCGAUACACAUUUUGCACUCGAGUAUGUCAGACCAGAUUUUAUCCUUCUUCGGCUGAUUGCUCGUAGCUUAAUUUUAUGGGACAGUGUGCAAGCCACAGAGGAGUGGAUUCAGUCUCAAGUGCCCGAUAUUAUACGCCAGGCUGUCGUCCAGGCCAAGGGUAGCGACGCCGGUGCAGACGUCACUCCUGAUUUAGACAUGGAAGCACUUACCCAAGCGCACGUAAAUAUUCUUGCUGGGGCGUGCCUGUCUAUUGGUCUCCGCUAUGCUGGUACGGCUAAUGCUGAAGCACAAACGCUGCUACAGCACUAUGCUUUGUAUUUCAUGAAAGAGGUGACUCUGACUAUUCAUGGCUAUCUGAUUUCACGUGCAUGCUGCUGGCAGAAAUCUCAAGCUGCUUCUGGGACCUCCCCAAACGACCGACGUGUAGACAGAGGGACGCUGGAAACAUGUCUCGAUGUGGCUGUUCUGUCUUUGAGUGUGGUUAUGGCUGGUACCGGACAUCUGGAGACCCUCAGGCUUUUGCGCUACCUUCGACAAAGAAACGACACAGAUAUUGUCUAUGGGAACCAUAUGGCAGUAAGUUUGGCAAUAGGAUUUUUGUUUCUUGGAGGAGGCUCCCUUACAUUCUCAACCAGCAAUGGCGCUGUCGCUGCACUACUCAUAUCCUUGUAUCCCAGAUUUCCAACCUCGCCUAAUGAUCAUCGCUGUCAUCUUCAAGCGUUUCGUCACCUGUACGUUCUUGCGACGGAAGCGCGAUGUGUGCAGACAAUGGAUGUGGAUACCGGCUUAUUAGUAUAUGCACCCCUUGAGAUGACGCUACAUGAGACGAGCUUGCACUGCGAGACCACAUUCAGCAGAGUCUCUCCUUGCAUACUUCCCGAACGCUCUGCUUUGAAGCGAGUUCGCGUUUGCGGACCGCGGUAUUGGUCUCAAGAUAUGCAAUUUUUGCUUUCAGAAACUAAGCCGUGGUGGGAACAUGGAGAAACGGGGGAUCCUUUCAACGGAGGCGUUUUGUAUGUCAAACGAAAAGUCGGGGCGCGCUCGUAUGCAGAUGAUCCCAUUGGCUCUCGUUCUCUUCUUUCGCGAGCUUUACAGCGGGUCUUGGUAGACGAGAAUGCGGAUUUUACCAUCCGGGACCAGUCGAAGGUUGAUGAGCUUGUGGGUGCUUUCUCUUCGGAUCCAAGUUUACUAGCCUUUGCGCAUCUUUUCUGCAGUAGCAGUUUCCGCGGUGAAUUUCAAGACUUCUGCCUACUGGCUUUGUUCGAGUGCGUAAGCAUGGAUAAGCCCGCGUUGUUGCAGACAUACAUUGGGCUGUACACGUCCGUGGAAGCUCUAAUUAACCGAGUCACAGGGCGGGGGAACUGUUCCGAAAGCUUGUUCUACGCCUGUCUUGCUGUGCAAAAUCUGAAGGUUGGAGCUGUCUUAGUCUCGCGAUCUAAAUCUCGUCCUUUGCUCUUCCAGGUGUCUUUAGCAUACUGCGGGGCAGCAGGUCAUGACCCUGCGUUACAAGGGCCAUCACUCAUACAGCGAACGUUUCUCGUGUCACUGGCGAAGCGGAUGGACGAUAUCUUAACCCAUUGGAAAUGUAGGCGAUUCGAGGACCGUGAGCAACUUGGACCGCCACCUGAGUUGAUUUCUUACUUGAGUUCACACACCUGGCCCAGGGAGUCAGGGAGCAGCGAGGACAUACAGAGGCUCAUGUUCGCUUGUUACGUUAGCUGGGAGGGAGUUCCCCAGCCAGCUCUGGUGACCAAAGCGUUGCUAGAGAUACAGCAAUCCAUACCGGAUUGGUCCAAGCAAGACAGAAACUCCUUGCUUCCAAUGCUGGCAUCUUUGCUACCUGGUACACCUCCGAGAACAUUACUUCAAAUCACUUAUUGUCUGCCGUUGCUGUAAACAAAGCGCUGUUUAGCAAGAAAAAUAUUUGUGGCU